UCUCUCUCUCUCUCUCUCUCUCUCUCUCUCUCACUCUGCGCUGUGUCUCCCCUCGGCCUAUAUACCAAAAGCAUAUGCGCUCGUUUGCUACAGCGAAGCAAGCGGUGCCUCAAUCCUUUUAUUCGAAAGUUGUCUUUUUUGGUCGUCUCUUCCUUCUCUCCCCCCUUGCAAGAUGAGCCGACAUCCGACUACAAAAUGGGCCCAAAGAUCUGACAAGGUGUAUAUAAUCAUUGAACUGCCAGAUGCCAAGGAUGUGAAGUUCACAUUACAGCCAGAUGGUCGUUUCUACUUCUCUGCAACCAGUGGAGCAGAAAAUAUUCCAUAUGAACUUGAUUUUGAGUUGUUUGACAAGGUUAAUGUUGAUGAGAGUAAAGCUGCCGUCGGGCUUCGGACUAUAUGCUACCUCGUCAAAAAAGCUGAGAAGAAGUGGUGGAGUAGGCUGUUGAAGACGGCAGGGAAGCCUCCGGUCUAUUUGAAAGUUGAUUGGGACAAAUGGAUCGAUGAAGAUGAAGACGACGAGAAGGAAAAGAAAUUUGGAGGCAUGGACUUUGAUGACAUGGAUUUCUCGAAACUGGAUAUGAAUGGUGCCGACGAUGAGCCUGAUGAUGCAGAUGAAGAUGAUGCCGAUAUGGAAGGGGCUGAGGCCAAGGCAGAAGAUGGUGGUGGAAAGGUGGAGAAUGCCCAUGUUGCAUCUACAAGUGAACCUUAAGCCAAAGCAUGACGACCUCUGCUUUUGUAAGACUUCUCAAUACUUCUUGUUAACAUAUUCGGCGAGCUAGGUUUUUGUUUAGGUCAUGUCUGUUUGUUGGUACUUCUCCUUAAAGUUUCAUGCUGUGGAAGACGUUGACUUUCUGUUAAACGUAGUUGACAAGCUACAUUUUUGCA